AAAAAUAGUACACUAAAUUAUUCGUUUUAAAAAGAAUAUUCUCGAAUAACAAGACAAUUAACUUUAUAUCGGGUAUAAGGAAAUUGUAGCCGAAUUGCGAUAACACACAGCUUUUUGCAAAAACGCACUUUAUCUUAUUAAUGUCACACUAAUACCCCUACUUAAGAUAAAAGACAGUAAAAUAACAAUUACAUUUGACACAUUAGCUUAUGUAACUGCUACGUAGAUUCACUAAAAAAAAGAACAUACAGACAAAUUGAUAACCUCCUCCUUUUUGAAGUCGACUAAAAAUGGCUUUCGCAGACAAGGUUGUUUUUAUCAGUGGUGCAAGUUCAGGAAUUGGAGCAGCUACUGCUAUAGAAUUUGCUAAAGAAGGUGCAAACGUUGUAAUCAAUGGACGAAACGAAACCAAAUUAAAAAAUAUUUACCAAAAAUGUGAAGAAUACGGUAAAAAAACAUUAAUUGUUAAAGCUGAUAUAUCAAAAGAUGAAGAAGCAAAGAGAGCUAUUGAAGAAACUAUUAAGCAGUUCGGACGACUUGACGUUCUGGUGAAUAAUGCAGGAUUCUCAAAAUCUGGAACCAUACUCGAUGGGAAUUUAAUGUCAAGUUACGAUGCUGUAAUUGCUACAAAUUUAAGAGCUGCAAUGCAUUUAACUGCAUUAUCAGCACCACAUUUAAUUAAAACGAAGGGAAAUAUAAUAAAUGUGUCAAGUGUGUUAGGGUCUUUAAUGCCAAUAUCACCAAUAUUAACUUCUUAUUGUGUGUCUAAAGCAGGUCUUGAUCAUUUCACCCGAUGUGCAGCUUCAGAACUAUCGGAAUUCGGAGUACGAGUAAAUAUAGUCAGUCCUGGCCCAGUAGUAACAGAUUUUCAAGAAAAUUCCGGUUUGGUUGGUUUCACGGAUCAAUCAGUUUUGACAGCAUUAAAAAGAGUUUCAGGAUCAGAAGAGAUAGCAGAUUUGAUUUUAUUUUUAGCUAGUGAUAAAGCAAAAGGUAUUACUGGUUCCAACUAUGUAUGUGACAAUGGUUUUCUUUUAAAAUAAAAUGCAAUGAAUAAUCUUU